CAUGAUGAUAAGUGGAGGAUGUUGCUUGUUGCCUCCAAUCAUCCAGUGGUUUUUUUUGUUGGCUCGCUGCAGGAAAGUCUUCGACAGAAACCUACACCGGGAAUCCUCCCCGUUGACGGUUCUGAAGUCAUUGCACGGUACGACGAUUGGAUACUUGGCAUCUUGCCGGCGGAGGUCUCGUGGAAUGCUUGGAUAUCGCCUGAUCUGAGUGAAUGUCUGUCGCAGCUAGCUCUACUAGCCCGGCGGAGGAUUUUCAGUGCUGAGGGCUGAGGUACGUAGGGCUGGAGUAUCCUCUUUGCGUACAUAGCAAACGCAGACUAGGGCCCUAAAUACGCUAUUCCUGUGUGCUGCCCUGUCUCUGGGACAAAGCCUGAGCGUUGGUCCUGUAUCCGCGUUUGAAGCUCCUUAGAUACGACGUCCGAAACGCUACGCAGCGCUAGGACGGAGUGAGGAGACAUCAUGGCGGAAGGGGUGCUAAAAGGCAAAGGAAAGUCCGGCGGCCUUGGUAGCGCGCAUAGCCAUUCCUCCUCUGCCCGACCUGGAGGUGCAGGUGAGCAACUGGCAGAGGUCAGCCAGCGGGGUACGUUUGACAAGGAUAUGCAGUCAUUGCAGGAGCUGGAUUUGGAGAAACAACGUGCCGAGAGCAAGCUGCGAGAUUCAAUGGUGGCUUAUAUUGGACUAAGCCAGGAGCUGAGCAGCAGAGUAAAGUCCAUGGAAGCCAGCGAGAAGCAGCGGAGGGAAGUAGAAGAUGGUUUCGCCCAAGCCAAGCCCUUAGUGUCGACAACGUUAGAGGAAAGACGACAGGCGGCAGAAAUAAGUCACUUGAAACUUACGGCAAAGCUGGCUAAUGACAAAGCAUGUCGCUUGCAGGUGGAGAUUAGUGCACUUAAGGACGAGCUGAAAGCCCUGGAGAACAUGUCCUCGCCUCCGACCACGGACACGGAGCGAGAUGUUGAUCAGGAUGAAUUGAAGCGUCUCCGGCGCCAAGUCAAGACCAAGGAGACUCUCUGCACUACGGUCAUCAAUGAGCUAGAAGCUGUGCGUAAGGAGCUGGCCGAGGCCACUAACAAACGAGAUCAGUUCAGCAUGGAACUAGAGGCCGUAAUGAAGGGAGCAGAGGCACAGGCUGAGUCUGCAAAGGCAAUCCACAAUAGCCUUCAGGCAAGACUUCAGCAGAAUGAGGAAGAGAAGCGAAAGCUCCUGUCUGAGGUCCUGGGUGCAUCAGGUGCACAGCUGGUCACAGAUGGGAAAUCGCUGACUCGGAAGGAGCUGUUGACAAUCAACCGGCAAUGGGAGGGUGCAUACAACUCUCUCAAGCAGGAGUAUCACAAGCUGAAAGUGCGCACUGCAGACAGCGAGGGAAACCCAAAAUCUCGACGCAAAAAGCGUACACACAGCAAGAAGCUUACGUCAAAGCACGACCCUCCAGCCGACGACACGGCAAACCCGUUGGGCAAGGAGCCGUCAGAAACUGUACCAGUAGUGCCGCCACCAUCGGUUUACGCUAUCAACAGUGGGCCAGUAGUGCAAGACCCGGCUGUAAGGUCUUCAGCAGUAGGUGUGAAUGCUACAACACCUGCGGUCAGCAGUGGGGUAACACAGUUCUCUGUCAUGCUGUCACAUCAUCUACCGCCGGCCGCAAGUAGCACAGCAGUAGCCAUGAGCAGGGCAGCUGCUGUUCCACCAUCUCUGUAUGCUGCUGCUCCUCUGCCCACUGACCUUCUACUAGCAGAAACUACUGAGGUAACAGGUUCCAGCAGCAAGAGCUCAGGCGCUGCAGACAAUACCAGUAAUGUUGCCAGCGGCAAUGCGCCGCCGGGGUCCAGUGGACCAAGGCCGACUGAUGGCCAGACUGUCAGCUUGCUUCACAGAGAACUGGAGGACACCAAGGUUCAGGCCAGUGAACUGCGCCUGCACAUCGCCAGGCUGCAAGAAGCUCUCUUUGAGAAGCGCACACAGUUAGCCGAGGAGAAGGAGCAUCAUGAAUUGACAAUGGCAGAGAAAGAAAGCCUACUAAUGGCGCUGGCUGCAUCCUCUGAGAAGCCGCAAGUGGAUGAACCACGACAACUUGAUGAAACACAGCGGCUGACGCGAGAGCUGCAGACCUCUGUGAAGGCCGAGCAACGUCUUCGUCGGGAACUGGACGCCAUGAAGGCAACGAAUCGCCAAGACAACGUCCGGCUUGCUGAUGUCCACAAGGAGUUGCUUCGCCUGACCAAUGAAAAGCGCAAGCUCGAGGCAGACCUGUCGGAAGCCACCAGUCGCCUUUCCGCCAUUGAAACUCAGCUGGUGCAGCGCAGGACAUAAGGCAGGAGCUGCUUGUAUCCUCCAGCGAAUAUUGAUUACGCAACAUAUCAAACUGACUCUAUUCUGCACCAUCUCAAGUCCCAAGGAAUGAGUUAACUCUUCUAUAAACAUGUAUGUCCUCUGCCUUGCAACGUACAGUACUACUAGUAAUGCUCUGUUAUUCAUUGCAAAUGGCUUGAACGAUUUGAACAAUUUUCUUUAUUUCUCAGAACUCAUGCAAAGUGACUUAUAUUAUAUACGUAUUGCUGGCUGGGCAUGCAAAGUGACUAACCCUGUUACUGUGAAAGCCAAAAUAUGUUCUUUUUUCUUCUUUUAUACAAUGUACGAGUCUCGUAGACUGUGUGUGUGUGUGUGUGCUUGAGUGUGGCAGUAGUGUACAUGUAGAUAUCUUCUCCGCUUGCCCGAUCAAUCCACAGCAACACACUCUGCAAUGUCCGAUCAAUCCACAGCAACACACUCUGCAAUGGUGCUAGUGGAUUGCGUAAUCACACUUCUCUGCCGCGGGGCAUUUUACCAAUACUUUCCAAGAACAUUA